AAUUUUGCAUUCUCCUUCUCUUUCUUUUCCUCUCCAUUUCUUUAUCUAAGCUCUUUCUUUGCUCUGUUUAUCUUAUAUUGUUCGUGGCCAGUGGUCUUGAAAUUUAGUAGAAGAAAUGGCCGGUCGUUACAGAAAUGACAAUCCUUUUGCGGAAGAAGAAGAAGAAGUUAAUCCGUUUUCCAAUACAGGGGCAAACUCGAAACUUACUCCUCUUCCUCAUGAACCUGCCGGUUUUUAUGAUCGUGGUGCAACAGUUGAUAUUCCUCUUAAUUCAGCUGCGGAUUUAAAGAAGAAAGAGAGAGAGCUGCAAACCAGAGAGGCUGAAUUAAGAAAGAGAGAACAGAUCGUUAGACGGAAAGAAGAAGCUGCACAACGAGCUGGUAUAGUUUUGGAGGAUAAAAAUUGGCCACCAUUUUUUCCAAUCAUCCAUCACGAUAUUGCUAAUGAAAUACCAAUUCAUCUACAGAAACUGCAGUAUGUUGCAUUUACUACGUACUUGGGACUAGUACUCUGCCUUUUUUGGAAUAUAAUCGCCACAACUUCAGCUUGGAUUAAGGGAGAAGAUCCAAAAAUCUGGUUCCUUGCUAUUAUUUACUUUAUAUCAGGAGUUCCUGGAGGCUAUGUGUUGUGGUAUCGUCCACUGUACCGUGCUUUCAGGACUGACAGUGCUUUGAAGUAUAGCAGGUUUUUCUUAUUUUACCUGGUUCACAUUGGUUUCGUCAUCUUUGCUGCAGUGGCUCCUCCGAUAUUUUUGAAAGGAAAAUCACUUGCAGGUAUCUUGCCUGCUGUAGAUCUUGUUGGUGACAAUGCGAUAGUUGGGAUUUUCUACUUCGUUGGAGCUGGACUAUUCUGUCUGGAAUCUUUUCUCAGCAUUUGGGUUAUUCAGCAAGUAUACAUGUACUUCCGAGGUACUGGACAGGCAGCCGAGAUGCAGCGUCAAGCUGGAAGAGGAGCCUAGUAAACAGAAAUAUAAACCUGUCCUAUCCAGAGCAAAGUUAAUAAGUAUCCUUCCGCCAUAGCAAUUAUUGAGCAAUCACGUCAGAUUAGCUGCUGCAGGUGCAGAUUGUAAAAAUUGAUUAAAGCUGUACAUGACUGUUCAAAUUUUUUUCUUUCUAUUUAAUUUUUGUACAGAUGUGAGGAUUUUUCAUUCCCUGCUCAAGACAUGACCUACAAAAUCAACCUUAUGUACUAGAGUUGUGAUUAUGGCUACUCUGUGAAAAGAUGUUAAUUCACUUGCAAUAAUUUGUACUUGUCUGCA